AGCGGCGGCGGGCUGCGAAUCCGGGCGGGGCGGCGGGGCCCGCGGUCCGAGCCAGCGGCGUGUACUUUCCACUCCAGCAACACGGUCAUUAUGCCGAAGAGAAAGUCUCCGGAGAAUCCAGAGGGCAAAGAUGGACCCAAAGUAACCAAACGGGAGCCCACGAGACGGUCUGCCAGAUUGUCCGCAAAGCCUGCUCCACCACCCAAACCUGAGCCUAAACCAAGGAAAACAGCUGCGAAGAAAGAACCCGGAGCAAAGAUUAGCAGAGGAGCCAAAGGGAAGAAGGAGGAGAAGCAGGACGUAGGAAAGGAAAGCACUGCGCCAUCUGAAAAUGGCGAAACCAAAGCUAAAGAGAUCCACAUUUCUCGCUCAAGUGUUAAUGUCUCCACCUCCAGAAGUACCCCACCCACUACCCUGUCAGUAAAGGGGCACGUUGAAACAGUGAGAAUUAAGGGCACAGAAAACUGAAUCUAUAGAUAACGAAGGAGAAUAAGUUUGCUGUGGAAAAUCGGGGGUGAUUUUAUUUACCUCUUGGGACAACUUUUAAAAGCUAUUUUUACCAAGUAUUUUGUAAAUGCUAAUUUUUUUAGGACUCUACUAGUUGGCAUAUAGUAUAUAUAAAGAUGGACAUUCGACCCUCUCAUAAUCAUGCUUUUUUGGAAGUUUUCGAUCAUCCUCAAGUAAUAUAAAUAUCUACAUAAUAAUUGGAAACUAUGUUUAAAAUUGAGUCAGCAUUCCAUGCCCUCACUUUAAGAAAUUUAGUCUGUGCAACCUGUGGUGUUUUUACUGUGCAAAUUUGAAUUUUUCAUGCAGUUUUUCUAGAGCAAUAAUCAGUGGUGCUUUUGCACCUAGGUUUUACGUGAUUUUAAUGAGACAUGGGUAGUUGUGGCCACCUGCUGAUUAUUCGUGGUUUAAAAUAAAAGAGUUUCUUGUCUGCAAAAUA